AUGUUGUCUUGUUGUCCUUACUCGUUGCUACGGCCCCACCCUUCAGGAUACUAUCAAUGGGUACCCUUCAUGCUGGGUCUACAGUGUAUCCUCUUCUACCUGCCCCACGUCGUCUGGCGCUGCUUCACGUUCAACCGGCUCGGCUGUGAUCUGACCGCUUUGAUCGUGAAAGCGAGCCAAGCAUUGCGCGCCCAGACGAUCAUGGAGCAGAAAAUGUGCAUCCGUCGCGUGGCCAACAGCCUCAAGUUGUUGCUGUUCGCGCAUCGUGACCUGCGCCAGAGUUGCUGGGCUCGUUUCCAGCGCCGCCUCGAUCGGAUCUGCAGUUGCCUCUUCGUCAGCAAAUGUCUGGGCACAUGGACUCUGUUCGCCUAUCUUUGCGUCAAGUUGGCCUACGUCGCCAACGGUUGUCUUCAACUGUACCUCAUGCGCGAGUUUCUCGGCCACGAGGACUCGGUUUGGCGAUUCGCUCUGCGACUCGCCAACCAACUCGCCGAUCGGGUCGACUGGCGACAGUCGCUCGUCUUUCCACGAGUCACCUACUGUCAAGUCCAUCUGUCGCAUGUGGGCGCCAGACAGAACGACUACACCGGAAUGUGUGCUCUGCCCAUCAACAUGUACAAUGAGAAAAUAUUCAUUUUUCUCUACAUUUGGAUCACCAUCGUCACCGGCUGCACCUUGGCCAGCAUUCCACUUUGGCUCUUUCGUCUCAGCAGCCGCAGAAGACGAGCUGAGUCCAUUCUCUACUACUUCCGCAUGAAGCAGCCGAGAAGGAGAAGAGGAAAAAUUGCCUCCAGAAGUGGUUUGACAUUUUGGAGCCCGUUCAGACGCAUUCAAUUGAGCGACGUGAACCCUUUUGUCGACGAAUUUCUGCGUCUGGACGGCGUAUUUCUGAUCCAUGCGCUGCGGAUAAACGCCGGCGACGUGAUCACCGGCGAGAUUGUUCGUCUCCUGUGGCUGUCCUGGACUCGGAGAAAGGCUCUUAAGCAGACGUCGGUUGAUGGCAGUUGCGGCGGUCUGCUGUCCGAGCAGCAGCGGCGACAAGAGGAGGAGGAAGAGAGGGAGGAAGACGAAGAGGAAGACGAGGAGGAAGAGGAAGAGGAAGAGGAAGAGGAGGAGUUGAGGAGUGAGGCAAAGGAUCCACUCGUCAGGCAGAUGAGGCUGCAACAAUACGCCUAUCAGACGAAAAAGAGCGCCCAGUUUGGAUGCAAGGUCUAG